CACAAUUCCUUUUCAGCUGCAUCCACCCACAGCACUAACACUACACAGACUGCAGGAUGCCCCUCGGAGGGGGAAACAGGUGUGGCUGUUGCCAGAAGACUGUGUACUUUGCAGAGGAAGUCCAGUGUGAAGGGAAGUACUUCCACAAGUCCUGCUUUCUCUGUAUGGCGUGCAGGAAGAAUUUGGACAGCACCACAGUGGCUGUACACGUGGAUGAGAUCUACUGCAAAUCGUGCUACGGCAAAAAAUAUGGGCCAAAAGGCUAUGGUUUUGGUGGCGGUGCUGGAACCUUGAGUAUGGACACUGGUGAAGGACUGGGAAUCAAACCUGUGGAACAAGCACCACAUCAACCUACCAACAACCCCAAUGCCUCUAAGUUUGCACAGAAAUUUGGCAGCUCGGAUGUGUGCCCUCGCUGUGGCAAAGCUGUUUAUGCAGCAGAGAAAGUGGUGGGAGCUGGAAAUUCAUGGCAUAAGACCUGCUUCAGGUGUGCAAAAUGUGGAAAGAGCCUUGAGUCCACAACACUAGCAGACAAGGAUGGAGAAAUCUACUGCAAAGGUUGCUAUGCUAAAAACUUUGGUCCGAAGGGUUUUGGGUUCGGCCAGGGUGCAGGAGCUCUAGCCCAUGCCCAGUAGGAAAGCAGUACGCAAGAACAAGAGGAUCUGCUCCAGCUCUCUGCUUUGAGUUCUGCAUACUUCAUCUACCCGUCACACGUGCUUGCAAUUUGCACAUGGAAAUGCUUUUAAAUAUUUAACUAUUCAUUAAAAGAACAUUAUUUUUCCAUGGACUAAAUUCCAAAAGCAGCAUGGAAAUAUAUAUUUCAAUGAUGGAUUUAUAAAACAGAUGAAAUUUUCAUACUGUUUUAUUUCUACUGUUCGUAGUGAAUCAUAAAAAUCAUGGGAGGUAAAUGAUCUUUUAAAACUGCUUCAAAAAAGCUAAUUUAUUAAGGAUUUUAAAUAAAUAUUGCUUGCUUGUUCCACCAAGUCAGCAGUGAGCCACAUUAGUGCUUUAAAACAUAUUAACGCACUGUGCCAUAUUAUGCAUUAAAACACAAUAUACAUUAUAAAAUUGGAAAUUAUUUUUGUUCUUUAUAUGUGAAACUAACUGAAACAUAAUACAUCCCUAAUAGUAAAGUAAGUAAUAACGGUUAUGAUUAUACUAAAAUGAUGUCUAUAGACUGUUAUAAUCUUCCUACACAAGAUGACAUGUUAAACAUGUGCAGAUGACCUGAUUGUUUACUUCUGACAUCAUUGACACAUUAAAAAGCAGCGAGUGUUGUUAAUGAACAA